CUUAAUUAAAUAACAAACUUGUUGUUAAAAUAUGUGUAUAAAUAUCAUUAGCUAAAAUGCAAUAUUUGAUCAAAUCUGCAGUGCUAGGGCUGCUCAUACCUUUCAGUGUUUGUUGGGAUGACUACACUGAUUAUUACUAUGAUGAUUACGAUAGUUAUAAGACAACUAAGAUUACCACUGAUGUUGGCAAAAAGGUGUAUAUGACUUGUGAAGAUGACUACAGACUUGUCGUUUGGAAGCACAAUGGCGGCGAAGUUUUUUACCCAGAUGUAACUAAAGCAAUCAACAUUGACUGGAUAGGACAUGAUGGAGCUAUGGAGCUGACCAUAAUUACUGAAGAAGAUGGUGGAAUAUGGGAAUGUUCGAAUUUCGCAAGGAUUAUUGCUAAAUACAAGAUUACAGUAAAUCCCAUAACAGAACUAUCUAGCGAGGGUACUACUAAAAUGUCUCCCACAACUACAGUUUUACAUUCCAAGGAUAGCUCUACUGCCUCUUCUUACUCUUCUAGAACUACCACCAGUACAGAAACGACCACCAGUACAGAACCACCUUUUGCUGUGCCAGAUUCAGACUUAAUUUUUCUCAGAGACCAAUUUAUGGCUGACCACAGGGAGGAAUACAAAACAGAACCCCUUCAUAAUCAAUUAGACAACAGGAAAAUAGUUAAUAAGGUUCAAAACAAGGAAGUUGGGACACUAGUAGAUGAAUCGCUUAACAUCAUUUCUGAAAGUUUGAAAAAUCCAUAUUUAAGAUCGCAGAAAAAUAUUGCCCCUACUUUGUUUAUCAUUCCAUGUUAUAUUUAUUGUAUUUUGUUUUAUUGUUUUUAUUUUGUGAUUUAAUUUAUAGCAGUUGAUUACUAAAUUUAGAUAUUUUAUAUUUUUGAUAAAUCAAUAAACACGCAUGGAUAUAAAUAUUAUAAAUUAAAGUGGUGUACUAAGAUGUCAAUACAAAUCCCCUAUUGACUGUU